ACCUAUAAUUACAUUGUCACCUUAAAUUUUAUGCUUAGUUGUACAAAGGCUACGGCUAGAAACGGCACUAAAAAAAUUUAUUCAGAUUUUAGAGUCGUAGAAUUUGAAAAUUCAGUCUUUGAAGAUGAGAUUUUUUAAAAAUUGCAAACAGAAAAACGCGGUUGCAAUCAGUGAUUCUGUGAGUGGUGACAACUUAAAGAAUGCUGUUGAAUGUGGUUCAGACGUAUUUUUGACGAUCAAUGGAAAGCCAUAUCAAGUCAACGCAACGACUGUUCCAGCGGACACCAGCCUAAACACAUUCAUCAGAAGUCAUGCCCAAUUAAGUGGAACAAAAUUUAUGUGCUCUGAAGGAGGUUGUGGAGCAUGCAUUGUUAGUGUUAAGGGAAUACAUCCAGCCUCGAAAGAAGAGAAAACAUGGGCUGUCAAUUCUUGCUUGACUCCCAUAUUUUCCUGUCAUGGAUUGGAUAUUACAACGGUGGAAGGAGUUGGUAAUAGAAAAAAUGGUUACCAUGACAUACAAAAGAGGUUGGCUCAUCUGAACGGAACUCAAUGUGGUUACUGUUCGCCUGGCAUGGUAAUGAACAUGUACAGUUUGUUGGAAUCGAAAAAUGGGAAAAUUUCGAUGGAAGAAAUUGAAAAUUCAUUUGGAGGAAACAUAUGUCGGUGCACUGGAUACCGACCGAUUUUGGAUGCAUUUAAGUCUCUAGCCUUCGAUGCCGAUGAGAAGUUGGUGCAGGCAUGUAUGGACAUCGAAGAUUUGCCUAAGAUGUGCCCUGAAACAGGAUCUGCAUGUGCCGGUCGUUGUCAUAAAUCAAAAGAGACUUUGAGGCUCAACUUCGAUGAUGAAAAACUCUGGCAUAAGGUCACUUCUAUCGACGAAAUUUUUGACAUUUUCGCAAAAUCUGAUGACACUCCGUAUAUGCUGGUUGCGGGAAAUACUGCUCAUGGAGUAUAUCGUCGCAACGAUAACAUCAAAGUAUUUAUUGAUGUCACCGCUGUCGAAACGCUUCGAUCUCAUUCCAUUGGCACUGCUGAAUUAGUCUUGGGAGGUAAUGUUUCCCUUACGGAAGCAAUGGAAAUCCUGACAAAUGCAUCGAAGAAUCAUGGUUUUGAAUACUGUAAGCAUCUCGUCGAUCACAUCGAUCUUAUUGCAAAUGUACCAGUGAGAAAUUCUGGAACAAUUGCCGGAAAUUUGAGUAUCAAACAUGGGAAUAUUGAGUUUCCGUCCGAUCUCUUCUUGAUGCUAGAAGCGGCUAACGCUAAACUCACUAUUGCGAGUGGCCCUAACGAUACGACAGUGGUCUCAGUGGCUGAUUACGUUUAUCUGAACAUGGAGAAGAAAAUCAUAUUGAAUGUCAUUAUUCCUGCAUACGACCCCUCAGUAUAUAGUUAUAGGUCGUACAAGAUCAUGCCACGUGCUCAGAAUGCGCAUGCUUAUGUGAAUGCCGGCUUUCUCGUCAAAUUCGAGCAAGGUGUUGUCGGGUCCGCGAAUAUAUGCUUCGGCGGAAUAUCACCAGAAUUCGUUCACGCCCGAAAAGCAGAAGCAUUUCUAAUCGGAAAGAAUUUGUACGAGAAUGACAUACUGCAAGAGACUCUGCAUUGCAUUGCAUCCGAAUUAAAUCCUGAUUGGGUGCUACCGGAUGCAAGUCCAGAGUACCGAAAGAAUCUGGCCGCAGCAUUAUUCUACAAAUUUGUCCUGAACACUUGUCCCAUGGACAAAAUCAGUCCCGAGUUUGUUUCCGGUGGAACGAUAUUGGACAGAGCAAUAUCGAGUGGUACGCAGUCCUAUGAUUCUUUCGAGGACCGCUUUCCGUUAACCGAAACAGUGCCGAAGUACGAAGGCUUGAUUCAAUGUUCGGGUGAAUUGCAGUACGUCAAUGACAUGAAACCAAUGAAAGAUGAAUUGUGGGCUGCAUUUGUUCAAGCUACUGAAUUGCAUUGUUCCAUUGAAAGUAUCGACGCUUCAGAAGCUUUGAGUAUUUCCGGAGUCGAAGCAUUUUUCUCUGCUGAUGAUAUACCAGGCGACAAUAAUUUUGUUCCAAUAUCUGCUGGAGCAACAUUAGGAUCGUCAAAUGUUGAAGAAAUCUUCCUUAGCAAAGGAAACCCAGUGAUUUACAACGGUCAGCCAGUUGGUAUUAUUUUAGCUGAAACAUUUUCACUGGCUGUGGCUGCAGCAAAGAAAGUGAAAAUCUCGUACAACCAACCGGAUCAAAAGAAGCCAAUAAUUACCUCACUUCCCGAUGCUCAGGAGCAGAAAGCUGAUGACAGAUACAUUCCCUUGCCUUUCAAGAUAACUCCGACCAGUGACGAAAUAGACACGGAAAAUGCGACGAAAGUGUCUGGAAAAUUUUACAUUGGUUCCCAAUACCAUUACACAAUGGAACCGCAGACAUGUGUCUGUAUACCAGCGGAAGAUGGCAUACAAGUAAAUUCAUCGACGCAAUGGGUACACUUUGUUCAAAUUGCCGUGUCCCGUUGCUUGAACAUUCCGAACAAUCAGGUGAACAUGGUUUUUCGACGAAUCGGUGGUGGAUAUGGUGCUAAAAGUACAAGAUCUGCUCUGAUUGCUUGUUCUUGUGCAGUUGCCUGUAAGCUUACGAACCGUCCCAUUCGCUUCGUGUUGACGUUGGAAGAGAAUAUGGAAGUUGUUGGCAAGAGGUACAGUCUAUUUAAUGAAUACGAUGUGGACGUGGACGACGACGGUCGCGUCUUGAAAUUGGUGAACAAUUUUUCUCAAGAUUUCGGAUCAAGUUUGAACGAUGGAUUCGUUUUCCAUACGAUUGCUUUUAUGAAAAACAUUUAUGUGAGCGAUAUGUGGGACGUUUCUUGCAAAGCCCUUCUGUCGGACACACCGUGUAACACAUUCUGUCGUGCUCCUGGUACUACGGAAGGAAUUGCAAUGAUAGAAAAUAUUAUGGAGCACAUUGCACGGGUAACUGGCAAAGACCCCUUAACGGUUCGAAUGGCCAAUAUGCCGGAAGAUCAUAAAAUGCGGACGAUGCUGCCGGAUUUUCUUAAAGAUAUUGAUUUCGAUGAACGAAAAGCUGCCGUUGACGAAUUCAAUCGAAAUAAUCGUUGGCGCAAACGUGGCAUUGCUUUUGUUCCGAUGGAAUAUUUCCAACCCUACUUUGGUACUAUGCCCGCAUUCGUUGCAAUCUAUCCUGAAGAUGGAACCGUUUCGGUUACUCAUGGAGGCAUUGAAUGCGGCCAGGGCAUAAAUACCAAAGUCGCUCAGGUAGUUGCUCACUGCUUAAACAUUCCAUUGUCUUACGUAAGCAUCAAGGCAAUGGAUAAUGUUGUCGGGGCGAAUUCCUUCCCGACUGGGGGAAGUAUUGCCAGUGAAGCUGUUUGCUUAGCGGUGAAAAAGUCAUGUGAAAUACUGCUGGAACGCAUGAAACCGAUUCGUGAAGAAUUGGGCGACCCGCAAUGGAAAGAGUUAACACAGACGUGCUACGAAAGGCUCAUAGACUUAACUUGCAAGUCGCUAUUUCAUAAAGACGAAGUGGUUGAAUACACGAUUUGGGGAUGUAGUUGCGCCGAAGUUGAACUAGACAUUCUCACAGGCAAUUUGCAACUCAGACGCGUCGAUAUAUUGGAAGAUACAGGCGAAAGUAUGAGCCCUGGAAUCGAUGUUGGACAAGUGGAAGGCGCAUUUGUCAUGGGUAUUGGCUACUGGCUUACUGAAUAUAUCAUGUAUGGUCCGGAAAAGGGUGACCUGCUAACAAACCGAACCUGGACGUACAAACCUCCGGGAGCGAAAGAUAUUCCCAUCGACUUUCGCGUGACAUUCUUGCAUGACAGUUCUAAUUCAGACGGUGUUCUUCGAUCAAAGGCUACCGGCGAGCCGCCAUUGUGUAUGUCAGUUGUUGUUAUUUUUGCGUUGAGACACGCAUUGGAAUCGGCCCGAUCUGAUGCUGGAAUCGAGGACGUUUGGUUCGAAAUGGGAUCGUCUUCGACGCCAGACAAGCUGUUCCUAAAUGCGGGAAAUUCAUUGGAACAUUUCCGACUUAAUUGAAACAAUUUUCAUUCAACUUUCACACUGUAAUCCGCAUUUUAUGAAUGUUAAAUGUUUGCAAACGAAUAACUGCUUAGUGAUGCAUUAAUCCGAAGCGUUUUUUUUUCUCUCUUUAUUUAUGCGAUUUAUGUGGGGAGAAAAAUACGGACAGCCUAAAUGAUCAAACUUUUUCUUAAGCAAUGGAAACCAGCUGUGCAAAAAAAAAAGAAAAACUUACUUGAAGGAGUCGUAACAUGAAAUCAUUUAGUGUGUAGCAAUAACGAAAGAGCUGCUGAAUUACACCCUAUAUUUGCAUAAGGUUCUAUUCACUUCAAACACCUAUCCGAUUUUGUAUAAAAGAACAUGCUCUAUUUCCAUAAUUAUUCAACACAUUUCAUGCCUUGACAAGUCCUGUGUUCUCUUAAGAAAUUACUUGCUUUGCUCAUACAACAUUCCAGACACAUUUUAAUCUUCCUUCAUGGAUAUUUCUCGCAGCUAAGCAUACAUUUACUCUUCGAAUUUUCCAUUUUCGUGCAGUGUUACAUUAAACAGACGAAAAGCAUAAAUGUAUUACGACACCUUCACAUUCAUUUCUUUUUUCCUGUGUACCUUUACCACACCGUACACUACACAGGCUAUGUAAUACUCAAACUUAUGCAAAACGAGAGACGAUAAAAAAGCCGAAUUUCUGGUUGAUUUAUGAUGCUGCUAUUCACAACAAAUUGUACAGCCAUUUGCAUCCAUGAAUUUUAGUAUAAAUUUUGAUGAAUGUUAA